CCCCCUCGGCAUCUGCUUCGUCUGAUCACCAACCAACCGUAUUUCUAAAGACCAAGGAAGGAGGAGAAGGAAGGAAGGAAGAGGAAGACACGAGACAUGAUGGGAGUUGGCUGUAAUCCUAUCGACCUUCGACUUCGUCUCGGCAGCAGCAGCAGCAGUGUGGAGGAAUCGUUUGGGAAUUCAGGAGAAACCCAGCAGCAGCAGCAGCAGAUCACAAUCUUCUACGAUGGUCGGAUUUGUACCUGCCAAGUAACGGAGAUGGAGGCAAGAAACAUCAUCUCCAUGGCCGAGAGAGAGAUGGAUGACCAGAUGAGGAAGAAGAACGAGCAAUCUUCUCUUCUUUCUCCACAGCAGAAGCCAGACAGUGCCGAGCUCUCAAUGAUUCGAUCACUGCAGCAGUUCCUUCAGAACAGGAAGUCUAGACAAAGUGCACUCCCUCCUUACAACCACAGACUGCAUCCAAUGUUCCCUGUUAAGUCAUAGCAAGCAUACUAUUGGUUUUGAGUUCAUUUCAUGAGCAAAUUAGACAUCCGCACACUGUCGAUAGGCUAUUUGUGAAUAUAACUUGUAUGCAAAUGAUGGAAAAAUCACAGUUCAAACA